AUGACGACCAGACGCGACUUCCUGAGUCAACCGGCUCCCGAAAACUACGUCGCAGGUCUGGGUCGAGGAGCUACGGGCUUCACUACCCGAUCCGACCUGGGCCCGGCCCGCGACGGACCGAGCGAGGACCAGAUCAAGGAGGCCCUCGCCAAGCGCGCCGCCCAGAUCGGCCUGGCAGCUCCCGACGGCGCUAAGAAGGGCGGCAAGAAAGACGAAGAGGACGAUGGCGGCGACGAUGACAACGAGCGGUACCAGGACCCGGACAACGAGACCGGCCUCUUCGCCGGCGGAGUCUACGACAAGGACGACGAGGAAGCCGACAAGAUCUGGGACUGGGUGGACCAGCGCAUGGACAGGAGGAAACGGCAGCGCGAGGCCCGCGAGGAGGCAGAGCGCCAAGAGUACGAGCGCAACAACCCCAAGAUUCAGCAGCAGUUCAGCGACCUCAAGCGCGCGCUCGCCACCGUCACCGAUGACGAGUGGGCCAACCUGCCCGAGGUGGGCGACCUGACGGGCAAGAACCGACGGAGCAAGCAGGCCCUGCGCCAGCGCUUCUACGCCGUCCCCGAUACCGUCCUGGCCGCCGCGAGGGACUCGACCGAGCUGGGCACCACCGUGGCCGACGACGGCGCCGCCUCUUCGUCCCACGACGCCGCCAACGGCACCAUGACCAACUUUGCCGAGAUCGGCGCCGCCCGCGAAAAGGUGCUCAAGUCGAGGCUCGAGCAGGCGUCGCAGGGCGGUGACGCCGGCGGCGGCAGCUCCACCAGCAUCGACCCCCACGGCUACAUCACCAGCCUCAACAAGAUGCAGAUCCCCGAGUCGCAGGCCCAGGUCGGCGACAUCAACAGAGUGCGCGAGCUGCUCCAGUCGGUCGUCAAGACCAACCCCAACAACGCCCUCGGCUGGAUAGCCGCCGCUCGACUCGAAGAGCUUGCCGGCAAGAUCGUGUCGGCGCGCAAGACCAUCGACCAGGGCUGCCAGCGCUGUCCCAAGAGCGAGGAUGCGUGGCUCGAAAACAUCCGGCUCAACCACGACUCGCACAAUGCAAAGGUCAUUGCCAGGAGGGCCAUCGAGGCUAAUGGCCGGUCGGUCAAGCUCUGGGUCGAGGCCAUGAGGCUCGAGAGCCUGCCGGCCAACAAGAAGAGGGUGAUACGCAAGGCGCUCGACUACAUCCCCGAGUCAGAGGCGCUGUGGAAGGAGGCCGUCAACCUCGAGGAGGACCCGGGCGACGCCAAGCUGAUGCUGGCCAAGGCCACGGAGCUGAUACCGCUAUCGGUGGACCUGUGGCUGGCGCUGGCGCGGCUGGAGACUCCCGAGAACGCGCAGAAGGUCCUCAACAAGGCGCGCAAGGCGGUGCCGACGUCGCACGAGAUCUGGAUCGCGGCGGCGCGCCUCCAGGAGCAGCUGGGCGCCGGCGAAAAAGUCAACGUGAUGAAGCGCGCGGUGCAGGUGCUGGCCAAGGAGUCGGCCAUGCCCAAGCGCGAGGAGUGGAUAGCCGAGGCGGAGCGGUGCGAGUCGGAGGGCGCGCUGGUGACGUGCCAGAACAUCGUGCGGGAGACGCUGGGGUGGGGCCUGGACGAGGACGACGACCGCAAGGACACGUGGAUGGAGGACGCGCGCGGCAGCAUCAACCGGGGCAUGUACGAGACGGCCAAGGCCAUCUACGCGUACGCGCUGCGGGUCUUCGUCAACAGCCGGACCAUGUGGACGGCGGCGGCGGACCUGGAGCGCAACCACGGGACUCGCGAGUCGCUGUGGCAGGUGCUGGACAAGGCGGUCGAGGCGUGCCCCAAGAGCGAGGACCUGUGGAUGGCGCUGGCCAAGGAGAAGAUGCAGGCGGGCGAGGUGGACGGGGCGCGGCUGGUGCUCAAGCGGGCCUUCAACCAGAACCCCAACAACGAGGACAUCUGGCUGGCGGCGGUGCAGCUCGAGUCGGAGAACGACAACGAGGAUCAGGCGCGCAAGCUUCUCGAGAUUGCACGCGAGCAGGCGCCCACGGACCGGGUGUGGACCAAGAGCGUCGUGUUCGAACGGGUGCUCGGCAACACGGAGGCGGCGCUGGACCUGACGCUCCAGGCGCUGCAGCUCUUCCCGGCCGCGGCCAAGCUGUGGAUGCUCAAGGGCCAGAUCUACGAGGACCUGGGCAAGACGGGCCAGGCGCGCGAGGCGUACGGGACGGGCGUCAAGGCGGUGCCCGGUUCGGUGGCGCUCUGGCUGCUGUACUCGCGUCUGGAGGAGAGGUCCGGGCUGACGGUCAAGGCGCGGUCGGUGCUGGACCGGGCGCGGCUGGCGGUGCCCCAGGACGCGCAGCUCUGGUGCGAGUCGGUCCGGCUGGAGCGGCGGGCGGGCAACACGGCGCAGGCCAGGUCGAUGAUGGCGCGGGCGCUGCAGGAGGUGCCCAGGAGCGGACUCCUGUGGGUCGAGCAGAUAUGGCACCUGGAGCCGCGGACGCAGCGGAAGCCGCGCUCCCUCGAGGCCAUCAAGAAGGUCGACAACGACCCGACCCUGUUCGUCGCUGUGGCGCGCAUCUUCUGGGGCGACCGCAAGCUCGACAAGGCCCAGAACUGGUUUGAAAAGGCCCUCGUGCUCGACAGCGACCGCGGCGACAGCUGGGCCUGGUACUACCGCUUCCUGUGCCAGCACGGCACGUCUGAGAAGAGGGCCGACGUCGUGACAAAGUGCGUUCUCAACGAGCCGAGGCACGGUGAGGUCUGGCAGGCCGUCGCCAAGGAUCCCAAGAAUGCGAGGAAGAGUGUCGAGGAGAUUCUGAAGCUGGUGGCGGCCCAAUUGGACGAGUGA